CAUUCUUCCUAAAAAAUAGUCAUUUUUGAUAAAAUAAAAAAAGUAAACAGUUUCUACAAUUGUCGAUUUUGGGUUCAUUUUGAUCAAAUGCUUUAAUUUUUGUCCGAUGGAGCAUUUGGCCAAGGAUUUAACGAAUGCUCUUGAAGAAUCAGAGUCUUGUGGUCCUAUUAAUUUCGAUCCUAAAAUAAAAUGGGGUAUGAGGAGAAGAACACGAUCGGCUGGAAAUUUGCAUUUUUAUCUUAAUAAAUCUGGGGAUAAUAGAUCUGAUGAUAGCAGCAGUUCUUACUCAGAGGUCCUGAACAGAGGCGAUGAGAGGGGUAGGAACAAAGUUGUCAGUUUUCACCAAAGUGAUUCUGAUGAUCUUAGUUUCAAAGUAAUUGGUAGUGAUACAUUGCGUAUGCAAAAUCAUUUACAACCCUUCCUAAGGGGUCGAUACAAUAAAUUGGUUGUUUGUCAUAGUUUAGAAAGUGAUUCCUUCAACGAACACUCUCCUGCAAGGCCAAGCUUUCGUAGAAAACGGAAAUUGAAAAGAAUGUUUAUUGAAGAAGCACCAAUGCCUCAAUGUGGAAAAAGGAAGAGAUCUCAAAAAUUGGAUAUUCUUGAGAAUGAUCAUAUCAGAAGUGGAAACCGAAUAAAGCCUUUACAUAAAAGUAUUGUGGAUAAGAUUGAGAAAUUCUGCAAGAAGACGGUUUCUGAUGAUGGAAUGUCCAUGGAAGUACAAAGUAUUGAUGACAAUUUUGACAUUGCUAGUGAAAGCAGUCUCAGUUGGAGUGGAGGAGAAGGUCAUGAAGGAGAUGACGAAUUAACUGAUUGGGCUCCAUCAGUUGAAACACCUACAGAGCCAUCAUACAUAACUGAGUAUGAUCCUAGAGAAAUAAGGGCAGGCUGCAGAAGACUGGGAGAUGAACGUCCAGGAUUUAGUAUUGUAACAAAUGCUAAUGAAAGGGUUGCAAAAUUUUUGCAAGAUAGUUCUAAAUCAGAAUUGAAAUUAUUCGGCGGGGACAAAGACAAAAUUAGACAAUUGGCCAAUCUUUACUCUUUGGACCUCUGGUCUGAUGGUGCUAUGUCAACACUUCUACGUAAAACAAACAGAACACCUUGUAUGCAACCAACCCAGAGACAUCAUAGCAGUUUUUCAUUGGGAAAUAAGAGGAUAAGAGUCCAUUCGCAUGUCAAACAGUGAACGUUAAAGUUAUAGUUCAUCUAUUUUUAAUUUUAAGAUGUUGAUUAAUAAUUUAUUAUAGUUUAAUUCUGAGAGGAGUUAUUGAAAAAAUAUUGUGAAGUUGAAACUAAAAUUUCAAUUGAUUAAUGUAUAUCUAGUCAUGAUAGUUGAAUUUUCAAUUUACUCAUAAUAAAAUUUAUGUUGGAUGGGC